ACACAUAUCACUAGUCGUAGUUAUAGACCUUGGGUUUGCUUCGUUUCAGUUGAUUAUGCAUCGUGAAACUCGACCUCUUUUUUCAGGUAACAAUUGCUGUUUCUAAGCCUCAAACUAGAUAAACAUGUUCAAAGUUUGAUUAUUUGUGUUUCCUGCGAUUUUUUUUAACGAAGCAAUAUCAAUUUUGUUGGUUUGUCCUUCUCUGGGUCAAAAUAUGAUAGUAAUAUUGAUGAAUUCAUUGCAAAUCACCAUUAAGUCAUCUGGGUAUAGCUGGAAACACCACUCAUGUAGGUCAGGUAGCCAAGAUUAUAGAACCCAUUAUCCACAUGUUCCUUCUUGUGCAUACUUUGGUUCAGACAUAAAAUCAAACACAAGGUGUGCCGGUAAUUAUGGCCUAAACAUGUUGUCUACCGGGUCUGAUAAUUCAUUCAUUGUUCCGCGGAAGGUUGUUAGUGUUGAAUUUGGGUCUGUUUGUGAAGAAAAUGAUGAAUUGGUUCGAAAAGAAAAGGAAGACAUUGAUGUGAACCAAGCGGGGCAGAAAUCACCUCCUUUAGGGAAUUUAUCAAUUCAACUGGACUCGGGUUUUGAAACUAGUGGUUUGAAUCAGUCUUCAACAAUUUCAAAAGGGUUGGUCACUAGGAAUGAAAAUAGGGUUUAUUUUCUAGAGGAAAGGAAUGAAGAGAUAUUAUCUGAAAGAAUUUUGAGGCUUAGCAGAUCAAAUAAGAUUAGAAGUGCAAUGGAAUUGUAUAGGUCCAUGGAGUAUUCAGGUAUUCAACCGACUUCACAUGCCUGCAAUUCUCUUAUCUCAUGCCUCUUGAGGAAUGGAAUGCUUGAUGAUGCUCUAAUAAUUUUUAGGUUUAUGGAAACAAGUGAAAAUAUCACAGGCCAUACUUAUAGCUUGGUGCUUAAAGCAAUUGCUAAUGCUCAAGGUGUUGAUGCAGCACUGAACAUGUUUGAAGAAUUUGAAAGGGAAGGUAAUGUUAAAAAAGGCUUUGAUGCAGUUGUUUAUAACACAAUGAUAUCAAUUUGUGGGAAAGUGAAUAAUUGGGUUUGGGCUCUGAGAAUUUGGAGAAGUAUGAACAAUAAUGGUGUUAUUGGAACAUCAGUCACUUAUCGCCUGUUAGUUUGUAUAUUUGCUCGUUGUGCCCAGUAUGAACUAGCCAUUGACGCAUACCAAGAGGUGGUUCAAAAUAGAUUGAAUCCGGGUGAUGAUGCAAUGCAAGCUAUUAUCGGAGCAUGUAGUAAGGAAGGCAACUGGGAAUUGGCACUAAAUGUUUUCGAAAGUAUGCUCAAAAGAGGGCUUAAGCCCAAUCUAAUCACAUGCAAUGCACUGAUUAAUUCACUUGGCAAAGAUGGGAAGGUCAAGCUAGCAUUUAGCGUUUAUAGUCUCAUGAAAUCUUUGGGUCAUGAACCUGAUGCAUACACAUGGAAUGCGUUAAUUGGUGCCUUGUAUAGGGCAAAUCAACAUUUCGAUGCUCUUCAGCUCUUUGAAAGCAUAAAAAAUGAGCAAAGCUCUCUGUUAAAUUUACAUUUGUACAAUACCUGUUUAAUGUCUUGUCAGAGGCUUGGUUUUUGGGAUAAGGCUUUACAGCUACUGUGGCAGAUGGAAGCUUCUGGACUUCCUGUUUCGACUGCCUCAUAUAAUCUUGCUAUUGGAGCUUGUGAAGUAGCAAGGAAGCCAAAAAUUGCGUUGCAGGUGUAUGAGCACAUGGUUCACCAAAAGUGUGCUCCAGACACAUUCACUCUGUUGUCACUACUUAGAAGUUGUAUCUGGGGUUCUCUUUGGGAUGAAGUGGAGGAAAUGCUAAAUCUGGUUACCCCAGAUGCAUCUCUUUAUAAUGCUGCCAUUCAAGGAAUGUGUUUGAGAGGCAAGAUUGGUUCAGCAACAAAACUAUACACAAAAAUGCAAAAGAGGGGUAUUAAACCUGAUGGUAAGACAAGGGCAAUGAUGCUUCAAAGCUUACCUAAAGAUUCAGUCAGACUACGGAAAAGGUAAUGUCAUCAUGACUAAUACUGAAGGAGUAAAGACAAAAGUCGGAAGAGGGUGAUCGCAUAUGUUAUAUGAAUCAGUGACCAGAAACAAUGGGAUGAACCAUAGCUGAGUAAAUCGACAGGUUCAUCUUCAUCUAACCACUUUUGUACACAAAAUUUUCAUUUGUCAUGCAACCAGAAACUAAAUUAAUAAAUUAUUUUUAAAGUAGAGGUGUCAAUCUCUAUUUCCACUUUGAUUUGUUUGGCAUGAUAAAGAUCUGUUAGCCAUUAGAUUGUUUGAUUGAAAAUCUGAGAUAUAAUACAUUGAACCUUAGAGUUGUAAACCUCUUCUCUAGAUAUCUUACUUCUUCUUCAUCGGUUGUUUGUUCCA